CUGUUGACCAAUGAGAAUGAGGCACGAUAACGCGCGCCUGCGCCGUAGGGGCUGCAGGGGCCCCAACGGGCGGUGACUCGGGGGAGUGCUGCCGGGAAGAUGCCUAAAAAGAAGCGGGAGAAUCUGAGCGUGGCUCAGGAGAUAGAUGGGCUCGAAGAGAAGCUGUCCCUGUGUAGGAGGAACCUGGAGGAACUGAACAUCCGCCUUCGCAGGGAGGAGCUGAGCCCAGAGGCCAGGAGAGCUCUGGAGAAAGAAAAAAACAACCUGACAAGUAAAGCCUCCAGCUAUGAGAAGGAAACUGAGGCACAGAGAAUCUUCUCUGGAAACCCAAGAUUUCACACGCACAAAGUCCACCGCUGCUGUCGGUCACACUCCAGGGCGAGGGAGAACUGAGGUAGCAAGGGACUAGGCUGAGUUCUGAAAAACACUCGGGUGGAGGUCGCAGGUUAGAACGAGGAGGAAGCUUAGCUCCUUUGGUCCAACCCCAUCGUUUUUCAUGCGGGAAAGAAGAGCCUUAGAGAGGGAACGGCCUUCAGAUACAGUAGCUCUCUCUGCCUAUGGACAUGCAGACUCCCUUAACAGCAGACCACCUGUCUCUGGCAGGAGAGGCUGCUCUACAGCAGCUCUACGGGGGAAUGAGAGGGGAUGAGAUUUUGCCAAACUUAUUGGGCUUCACUGAACCUCUCUUGGGUGGGGAGGACCCGGUGGGGGGCUGAAUUUUGGGGAGGCACAAUUCUCCCCUCCCAGGCAGCCCCAGCAGUCUGCCAAGCAGCCCGAGAGAGGAACGGGGCACUCCCUCCGUGCCCUCCCCGAGAGACCCCUGGUUCCUGCCACGGGGAGACGUCCCCAAGCUCCCUUCUGGUCCUCAUAUUCCGUUAUGGCCAAAUGCCUCUCGGUCGCUUCUGCUCCCCAACCUUCCUCCUAUGCCUUCAUUCAAUAUUCCCCGGGGGUCAAGGGUUGGCACUUCAAGCCUUGUCUUGCCCACAGGACCCAGAGUGGGGUCAUACUGCCACCUGCUGGGUUGCAGUAACAGGACCCAGCCAGAACCUGAACUGAGAAGCAGGGAAUGUGGGAGUGAGUUAGCCUCUGACAAACCCAUUCACUCUGCCCCCAUCUCCAAGGCCAGGGUGGGAGUCAGCCUGGAAAAGACAUUCUCCCUCCCCUCAGCUCAGAGGGACCAGAAAUAAAAUAGGAACAAGGAAUGACGUGGGAUGUGGGAACUGAUUGGUCAAGGGGCCUAAUAGUUCACAUAAAAUAUUUGAAAUGUUAUAUGGCACUUUUAACGUUUAGAGCAUUUUCCUUAAAACCACCAAUCUCUUCUAAACUCCAUUUAUUCUUUUGUGGCUAUCACUGUCCUUCAGUCACCAAGUCUACAUCCUUGGAACCUUCCCUCCCUCUGUCUCUCACCUUACAUGGUCCCACCCUAAUUUAGGGCCUUAUUACUACUUUCCUGUAUUGGAGCUCCAGUUUCCAGGAUCUCCCUUCUCAAAUACAGUCUCCUCACAGCUGCCAAAAUAAUCAUCUUAAAAAUGUCAUUCCCCUACUCAAGAAUCCUCAGUAGCUCUCUCUUGCCUCAAAGAUAAAGUACAAAAUUCUGCUUGGUAUUUAUAUAGCCUUUCACAAUCUGGUUUCAAAAUUAUUUUACAUUAUCCCCUUAAUACAUUUUAUACCCAAAACUGUUAAACUUGCUGUUCCCCAGAUUUGUCUCUUUACAUAGGCUGACUAUGCACUCCCCUAAUUGUUCUCUCCUCUCAGGUAAUUACAAACAUAAUUACUUGUUUACUAUGUACAUAUGUGUAUAUACGUAUGUAUGUAUGUGCAUAUACACACUCCACUCCAUCCUACCCUUACUCCCAACAGAAUAUAACUCUUGGGGGAAGAGGAACUACUUUUGCCUGUCUUUCUAAUACAUCUCUCAAAGUAGACAGACAUUCAAAAAGUGACUGUGGAGAUUGAAUUGGACUAAAACUAGCCCAAAGAUCAGUCAAGGGUCAGAAUAUCCAGAUUCAAAUCCUACCUGGGUCUCAUAUUUCCUCAUUUUUAAGGUAGAUCAGACUAGAUGGCCUGCAAUCCCUUUCAGCUCUAUGCCUAGUAAUAUUCCUAUUUUACAGAUAAAGAAACUGAGGCUCUGAGAUUGUAGUUUACUCACUGUCACAUAGCCAGUGAGUAUGAAACAGUAUCUGAAUACAAGUCUCUUGACUCCAAGUCCAGUACUCUUUCUACUAGAUUUGUUAAUCUUAUGUUAGCUAUAAGAGCUACCCCUAGACAGGAAUUGGGCUUGGUAGUCUCAAGGCAGGUGAAUAACUUUAAAAGGUUCUAGGAUGGUCCUCCUUAGCCCCUCUAACAGCUCAACCAACCGAGGAGGGGUAGGUAAUGCUAAGUUUGGAACCUACAAGUGCAGAUUCUUCUCCGUCUUCACAUCCUGACUCCCACAGCUGGCCUCUACACAGAACCAGGAGUUAGCAACAUUACAGUUAAGUUUCCCCAGUACAUAAUUAUGACGCACCUACCAGGAGACUUCAGGGUCUGACUUGAAUAUAAGGACAUUAUUCAGAUGGGUCCCCUUCCUUGAGGGUCUAUCACACUUACCAGAGAUGAGUUAUGUGCCUCAAAGAAUUAGUGACCAGCAGCCCAGAAAGGAGUCCUAAGGUUCAUCUUGGCUCUGCAACCAAUUGCGUGAACUUGGGCAAAAUCAUUUAUUUCCCUUCCCUUUGUUUUACACUGAUAUUUCUUCCCACCCCUUUCAUCAUAAACAUUUUUAAUGACCACUUUGGGUUUUUUUUUUUUUUUUUAGUAUGUCGCUUUAGCCAAGAGGCUAAAUCAUUCAAGAGAAUGAUUUCUGAGGGCUUUUCCAGCUCCAACAAUUUAGCUUUAUGAUUCCAAUGAUAACUAUUAAUUAUGAUUGAGACACCCCGCCCCUCUUCUCUAGCUUCCCUCUUACCAACAUCUGUUCUCUACCCCUGGUUUCUCUCCCUCUAGGUUACUUUGGCCAUCCUCUUCAGGCUCAACAGCAUUUAAGAAAAGAUGAUGACAUAACAGUGGGCUUGGGGGAAAGCAUGUCAAGGUUAUACUUGAGCUAAAUUCUGGGGCCCCCAAGGGUAUAUACAUAGAGAGCUAGGUUGAACAAGAACAUUGGAGUUGGUGUGACCAAGAAGGUAAGGAGCCUGUUAAGUAUUCCCAAAUGCUAGGGUAAUACAUAGGUAGUCACUGCUGGAGGUGGACCAUAAAGGAGGCAGCCCCUCCAUCAUACGGGGGCGGGGGGGAUUUUCUUCACAGAAAGGGAGUUGAAGUCCCUUCGGAGAGAGAACCGUAAGAACACGCUGCUGUCUGUGGCAAUCUUCUUGCUCCUUCUUCUCGCCUAUGCCUACU